UGGGAUGCUUGAACUGCGUGUUGUCCUCUGAAGCUUUAGUAGUUUAAAGGGGAAGUAGCCUUUCAAAGCAGACAUUAGCAGGAAAGUACACCUAAUGGAGUAAAUGAGAAGAGAGCAUUUUUUAAGUGAGCGAGCGCAACACAAAUACAGGUCAUCAACAAUCCCAGACGUCAUAUUAUUGACGUCCUUGUGGUGCAGCAAAGAGAGACAAGGACAUGAAAAUAAAUUGUUUUUCUUCCGGAUCAUAAGGACACGCACCUAAACAGAAAGCAGCGGAUGUGAUUAAUAAGCAGCGGUGGCACCUGUCCCUCAUGUCACUUGUGCCCAUGUGACGUCCGUGCUGUUUGUUUCCCGCCCUCUGUAAUAUUGCUGUGCAGGAGCAACAGGCGGGCAGACAGGCGGAGAAGAAGGACAGCAGAGCGCAAGGAUGCCCUCAGUAGCCACGAUGGUCGUCAUGGUAACGCUGGCGUCUCAGUGCUGUGCCGCGCCACAGCGGCGAAACUGGACGCCUCAGGCCAUCUUGUACCUGAGAGGCAGACAGGGACGCCGCUCGUUGGAGAAGGACAACACUCACUCGGCUACUCCCAACCUGCAGGCCGGCGACAGACAACUGAGGAUGUCAUUGUUGUUGUGUUUGUACUUGGAGCUCCUUGGUGAGGACUGGAUGCAGCAGGAAGAAGAAAAGAAGAGGAUUUGAAACAUAGAGCAGCUACUUCCCCUCCUGCAUUGUCCUGUCAUGCAAUAAAGUACUGCUACAAAAAAAACACUCUGCGACUACUCAUUAGUGAACGGGC